AUGAAUCACCAAUCGCAAAUCGUGGAAACAUUUGUGAAGAAAGUUCUUGCACACUUGGAUGAACCGGAUCCAGCCAAGCUCCAGCAGUUUCUACAAUUGUUCAAUCCUCAGCAAUGUAAGAUAAUAUUCAAUUCGCAGCCAUUCGGACAGGCUGUGCAGUUUUUACAAGCAUGGCAGACCCAGGUCGUUCUCACUCAGCAUUUAGUUACCGCAGUUGAUUUCCACGUAAUACCUGGCACCGGGACGUUGGUCUGCAACGUCAAUUGCAAAGUGAGAUUUGACGAGAGCGGCAAAGAUAAAAGUGGUCAGGAUAGCACAAUCCCAGACGCACAAGGCUCAACGGCUCGUCCCGGCUCAGGCAGUGUUAAUUCGGCCACCAGGGCAAGGCCGAUAUGGGGAACCUACUACGGAGUGUCAUUACAGCUAGUGCUAGAAGACCGCAUGUUCAACAACGACAUGAACGGUGUGAUAUCCAGUAUGAACUACACUAUUGUGUUCAAGCCUUCGGAUUCCUUAAUGAACAUAUAA